CUUGACCGUCAUCAACCGUCGUGAAGCAUGUAACGUGGACUAUCAUGCCAGUGAUAUCCCCACUACUAUCCCCACCCCGAGUCUCCUGCGCUGGUUUACGUCGCAAUCUGAACACACUGGCCCAGUGAUUGUGCGACCACGCGACUGUGCAGUGAUGGUAGCUGAUGGUAGUGGUGGCGGUAAUAGCAGAUAGCAGUUGUAGUUACGAAAGCAGUGUAUGUCAGUGUGCGUAUGGUGACUGGUCGUAACCGCUCGAUUCGGAAGGAACACGGGGUAUAGAGAAUUUUUUCCAAUUAAAAUUCAAUAUGAUUGUGACCACGUGUUCGUGAGUCAUCGUGAGUGGUACAUCCGCGACCUACAGCGAUCGCGUCCGUAACUGCAUACUGUGCCUUGCUCAGGAGGAGUCAACCGUUACGGUACGCGGGCAAGAUAGGUAUUCCUACUCGCUCCGCCUGACAUGCACGCUCGUAGUUUCCACUGUUCUAUGACAUUACCGAAAUCAUUCCUACUGCGUGUAGUAUUUGGGCGACCACGGGGAGCGAGAUGCUGCGAUGGUAGUCAGGUGGCGUAGUCCUCAACAUCGCCGUAUUGCGUGCACUUGAGGCUAAUAGGAAGGGAUCAUUUCUGCCAAUAAGGGAAACGCGUUUGCUCUACUCUUUUGCGAUGACGUUAGAAUGAAUGGAAUAGUGGGGAUCGGUCCUACACUUUUCUCAGCGAACUUCUUCUGUGCAAGGCACAGUACUUAUGUAUGCUACAGGAGGUGACGGUAGGGUCAAGUAGGAUAGUGCAGCGAAACCUCCUGAAGUCCACCAACACGGCACAGUAAUUGGCUCCUCUACCCUAUGCUAAUUUGCAUUUGUGAAUUGGGAAGAACUGCAAGAAAGUGGGAGAAACAAGUUUAUACUUUUAUUUAGUAUAACAUAAUUAAUCAAUUUAAAUUAUGUACGAACCUCACGAUCAGCAAUGACAAAUGUUGUUAGAACAUGGUCUGAAAACGAAGAAAAACAAAGGUUAUUAAGAUGAAGUGGAUAGUAAUUUCAUGUAUUUUAUGUGUAUUUGGAUGUUUCAAAGAAUUCAGACCUUCCGAAUCUUUUGUCACUGAUUAUUUUACUGGCCCAUGGAAAAAUUUUACAAGUGUUCAAGUGAACCACGAAAUUUUUCCUGUCUCUACAUAUUCUUACUUUGCAACAUUAAUUGUUGUGUUUUUAAUAACAGACUUUGUCCAAUAUAAGCCUGUCAUUAUAUUAUGUGGUCUAUCUGGUGCAAUCACCUACGUUUUAAUCAUUUUUGGAAAGAAUCUUUUGACUAUGCAAAUUAUGGAGUUCUUUUAUGGCUUAUUCUUUUCCACAGAAGUAGCUUAUUACACAUAUAUUUAUGCUAAAGUUGAUAAAGAACAUUAUCAAGAAGUAACAAGCCACACAAAAGCAGCAUCUUUAUUUGGUCGUUGUAUGUCUGGUAUUAUUGCACAAUUAACAGUUUCUUUUGAUAUGUUGGAUUAUCAUCAACUAAAUUACCUUACCCUAUCAGCUGUUACAUUUGCAAUGAUUUGGGCAUUUUUUUUACCUCCUGUUGGAAAGUCUAUUUACUUUCAUAGAAAAAAUGAAAAUUGUAUUUCUGAAGUAACCAUUGAAACAGCAUCAGACCAACAGUUGACUCCAGUACCACAAUUAUCUGAAGAUCAUAUUCAAUUUGACUCUUCCAAUAAAAAGGUUUCAAUGGUGAAGAAAGUAAGACUAGCUUAUGCUUUAUUGUGGAAAGAUUUUUUAGAAGCUUAUUCGAAUGGACACAUAGUUAAGUGGUCAUUAUGGUGCUCCUUCUCAACUUGCGGAUAUUUGCAAGUUACUGGUUAUAUACAGUUGCUUUGGCAAACUGCAGUUUCUCCUCAAGAUAAGAUUUAUAAUGGAGCUGUUGAAGCUCUUUAUACAAUCAUAGGUACAAUAACAGUAUUUUGCAUUGGAAAAGUACCAUUUAAUUGGUCUUUGAUAGGAGCCGUUGUGGUAUCAUUUAUGUCAUUUAUGGAAGGCAUUUUAUUAGUAGUUUCCUCAUACAGUUAUAAUAUUUGGUUGCUAUACCUCUCUUUCAUUGUAUUUGGAAUUAUUUAUCAUACAAUGAUCACUGUUGCAAGUUUUGAAGUUGCAAAGAAUAUAUCAGAGGAUAGUUAUGGCUUAGUAUUUGGAAUAAAUACAUUUCUUGCACUUGCAUUACAAAGCAUAUUGACAGCCAUUGUACUGAAUGAAAACUUAGGAUUAACUCUGAGGUGUCAGUAUUUUAUCUAUGGGGGUUACUUCAUUGUGAUAGCAAUGCUGUAUAUAAUAGUAGGUAUUUUUAACAUUGUUCGUCAUUACAAAAGUGGCAAUGAUUUCAACAUAUGGGUUAAGAACAAGGAAGCUGUGACUGAUUUUCAACCUAAGAUGGAAGAAAAGUAUUUAGAGUGACAACGUUCUAGUUGAGAUUUUACUUCUUGAUCUUCGUUGUUGAAAAUUCAACAAUGUUUUAGCAAUUUGUUUUGUGAUCGCGUGAAACUUAGCGAAUAUCAUAGAAAAAGUCUAAGUCGCAGCGAUAAUACAGCGACGACUAAUUAGAUUGUUAUUUCUUCUUGUCGUUAACGAAAGAAGUAAAUUAAGAAUGUGAAUGACUAUGUGUAUGCGAUUUGUUCCAUUUUAUACAGAAAUAUAGUUGUUUAUUACCUUA